UUUUUUUAAAUAUCACAAUACGGGUGGGGAUUUCAGAUAAACACCGCGAGCUGCUGUCUGAUUUCAUGCAGAAUAUAAAAUAGAUGAAGUGAAAAACAACUGAAGACAAACUGCUUAUUAACGCAGACAUGAACGACAUAAGGCAUCAUUUAGCAUCGCUGUUGCACGUGGCGGUAAAAGAGACUGACGUCAGGACGGUGGAGAGUUUACUUCACAGAGGUGCAGAACCCAACCUGCUGCUCGAUGAAGGUUUGGCUGCGGUGCAUCUGGCUGCAGGGAAGGAAUCAGAAAAAGGGCUCCGAUGCCUUAAAGUCCUGCUGCAGCACGGCGCUGACCCCAACCUCAGGUCUGGUGAGGAUCUGACUCCUUUACACAUAGCAGCUUUAUGGGGCUGUUAUCAGAACCUCAAACUCCUGCUGAAGAACGGAGGAGACCCGAACCUGAGAGACCAGGGUGGGAAUAAGGCUGUGGAUCUGGCAGAACAGGAGGAGAACAGUAAAUGUGCCAGCGUUCUUCAGGAAUACGAGUCUCACACUUCGAGCCCAGAAUAUGAUGAUUUACCCAAAUUCCACUACUCACUGUACUCGGACUCCAUGAGGGACUGCAGCGUGAACCUGUCCCUCAUGAGCGAUCUGGGAGACGAGCCGCUCAGCAGCACUCGCUAUUCCUCCUUUUACAGGAAAUCUGAGGGUAACAGACUGCGAAGGGACAGAGACCCUCACAAAUCUGAUGUCUCUGGUUUAAACGCACGUGACAGCGACAUGUUUAACAGAGUAGAAGCAGUCGGUUCUCUUCCUCCGGUUCUCUCUAGUACCCGACUGUCAGGGACGGACUUAAAGAAGAGUCCUGAAGUGACUCGGCCAGAUCGCUUCCUCAGCCCGAGCCGGAAGAGCGUCACGUUCAGAGACUACGAUGAGUUUUAUCCGGACGUGAAGCACAGCGGCGACGACUCCAGAGACUCGACGGUCGAUUUCUCUCUGUAUCCUGACUUCCUGCGCUCGGACCGCGUGACCACCGUGUUGCAGAACCAGGGGAUCGACGUGACGUCUCCAGACGAAGUGUUCGUCUUCUGCAGAGAACAGAAUCUCACUGAGGAUUUUGAGAAGACCGUAGUGGGAGGGGCGGUCGUAGGGGAGGAGGACGAGGAUGACGACUCUCACGCCGGCGUCAGCAGUACCAGCGGGUCGAGUCGAUACAGCAGCUGUGACAGCGAGCCGUACAAGACCACCAUCGAAGCGCCGUUACCUUCUGAUGACAUCUCAGCGGAUAAAGAUGGGUGGACAAAAGGAAGUAAAGUCUCAGAUAGCGAGAAGAAGAACGAAGUUAACGUGCAGUCUCAAGCCUGUAAGGACGAGAUUACUGAGCUUUCCUUCACUCCGAGUCCGUACGUCACGGGCAGGACGCGCUCCAGACUCAGUCGCUGCUCCCAGAGACACAGCGCCUCGUCUUUUUCUAACUCGUCUCUUUUCGAGCAGACGCUGCCCACGCCCACACGAGUGCGUCGAGACGUCGCUCAGCCGGACAAACCUCGUCUGAGACGUCCUUCUGAAGAAGACCGAGCAGCGGACCUCGAGUCCUACUUGGCAAAUCUGUGUGUUUCGUCCCAACUGCCUGCAAGUCAAGCAUCGACUCUGAUCAUCUCUGGAAGCCUGGCAGAUACCAUCAUUAUCCCGAGGGGUGACACCGACGAGAGCUUAGAACAUGGAUCAUCUUCAUCAUCAUGCUGCCGAGAGGAGGAUGUGUUCACAGAAGACAAGGAGUUUCUAACGUCAGACCUUUCGACUUCAAGCACAAAAAUACACAAAAACACAAAUUCUCAAGAUUCUUCCUCAGAGUCGAGUUCCAGCUUCGGUCAAAUGCUCGAGGUUCCGUCCACCGGCUGCACGCCGAGAUACAGCAUGAGCCGAAUCUGCAAUCGCUCUGAAACCCGGUCGCUCGCAAACCUGUCCUACACCCCCGGAGGACGUCCCCACAUCACCGACACGGACGAACCGGUGGAGUAUUUGUACACUGAUGCCGAGGAGGGACACGAGCUGAUCGAGACGCACGUCCCACCGACGUCCAACACGUCUGUCAGUGAGGAGACCGUCAUCUACGACUGGCGCUCGUUACAGACCGCGGCCAAAAGUCCGGAGAAGGGAAAAGAAAACUGCCGCCCUAACGAAGUGACGGAGAGAGAGCGCAUCUCAGAGACCGAAGGGUUAACGGACCGAGAGCUCAGACGCAAACUCGUGGAACUGGGAGAGGAACCUGGACCCAUCAACAGAGACACACGGCAUGUGUACAUGCGGAAAUUACGAACCCUGCAGAAGAAAGAUGUCCCUGUGAAGUCAGUGCAGGACGAACCAGCAGCAGUCACCGGUUACAGUCCGGAGCUGAAUAAAGUGUUGUGUUUGUUCCACCUGCCCGACUGUAACGCUGAUGAGUUUGCGCUGUGUGAACAGUUUGAUCAGCCGGAUCAGAAUAAACGCUGGCGUGAAGGCCUCAUAAAGUCCAGCUUCAACUACCUGUUACUCGACCCCAGAGUGACGAAGAACCUGCCGUACCGCAGUCAGGCGCUGACGCCGCAUGACUGUUUCCAGACCUUCAUCAGCUCCAUUUUCUACGUGGGUAAAGGCAAACGCUCGCGACCCUACAGCCACCUGUACGAAGCUCUGGAGUACUUCAAAGGAGACAAAUCGUCCAAGAAACUCUGCUCGAAGGUGCAGCACAUCCUGCAGGUGUGGGACUGCGGCCACGGCGUCAUCUCGCUGCACUGCUUCCAGAACGUCAUUCCUGUGGAGGCGUACACACGAGAGGCCUGCAUGGUGGACGCCAUGGGUCUGAAGAUGCUGACCAAUCAGAAGCGAGGGGAUUAUUAUGGGAUGGUCUCCACCUGGCCCGCGAAGCGGCAGCGUGAGCUCGGGGUUCACCUUCUGUACAGAGCCAUGCAGAUCUUCCUGGCCGAGGGAGAGAGACAGCUCCGACCGGCUGAUAUCAGGCGAUGAUGUCACACUCUGUCUGAACCACACCGAGCAUCAGGUCCAUGCAGUUAGGCUCAAAACAACCAGCGCACUUUGUUAAGUCUCCAGCGCACUACAGAGAUCGUAUACCAGCAGGCAUCAAACACUCUACCUAGGGUACAUUAUGUAGGCAUUUACCCCAAGCAGUGCAUCAUGGGAUAUCCUCCUGGGGUACUGGGUUUUAUUUCUGUAUAACUCUCUGAUAUCAGAACAAAACCCUGACUGAGGAAUGAAGGGAGUUUUAUACAGAAAAACACAUCAUCUGGUUUAAAGUGAACAGUCACAUGGGACAAGACCACUGAGAGCUUAUAAAGAGCUCACAUACUGUUUAUAACCAUCAAACUCUUCAUUAUUAUCCACGUCUGAGGUGAAGAAAUGUCUUAAAACUGCUGCUGUUUUUUUUUAAUUACUGAUGAAAUAUUAAUGUUUACGGAGCGAAAAUGAUGACGAUCUGAUGACUGGAAAAAACCUGCAAGCUGCUGAACGAAGAAGCAUUUUAUGAAUUAAUGAAUUUUAAGUUAAUCAUUAGAACGAUUGUUGUGGAAAAACACUUUAACAACUAUGCUUUAAACACACACACACACACACACACACAGUGUUAGGGAGUAUAAAGUGAUAAAGUUCUGGAUCGUAAAUGUAGAAUAAUGUCGUGUGAUUUAGUAUUCUUUUUUUCCCCCUACUCUUAUAAAACGUAUCUGUCACCUAGUUGUGUGUCUGUGUGUAGUAGGAUGUGCAAUUUAAAUAUUUCUGUUGAAUUUUCAUGUGAAUGAAUUCGGCAUUUUUUUUUUUUUUAACGGUGACGUGUGACAAAAGCGAGGAAUCUUAACAUUUCAAACAGUGAAUUAUUUCAUUUCACUCGCCGGGAGCUUUUAAAAACACUUUUACUCUUCUGUAUUAAAAUACAAAGACUCGGGGUUUCA